AUGGACUUUACCGACCUCUUUGCGCAGACAGCUGGGAUUGUACAUUUCAGCCCUGGGAGAUACUUUAUUCUCUCCGCCGUCAAAGAUAGACUCGUUGUGCGACGGUCUGAUCGCGAGGGAAUCGUCCAAACAUGGCUCGUCGACAAUGCACCAUCCGCAACGCAUGCAGCACUCGCGAAAGCCGCAGUAAAACCUGCACCAUCUGAGGGAUGGAUCACUCAUGCGGAAUGGAGCCCCGAUUCAGAAUACAUACUCGCCGCCGUUGCAAAGCGCGGUAUCGUUCACGUCUUCUCCAUGCGUGACGAAAAGUGGACAGCCAGAAUCGAAGCAGGCGUAGAGGGCUUAACAAAGGCAGAAUGGGCUCCAGACAGCCGGAAUAUACUGUGUUUCUCUGAAUGGGGACUUCGAGUGACCAUAUGGUCUCUGUCGACAGGGACUGCAACCUACAUCCAGUUCCCCAAACAUCCAGAUCGUGGCUAUGCGUUUCGUAAGGAUGGCCGUUACUUUGUCCUCGCGGAGAGGUACAAGUCGAAAGAUAUGAUGGGGGUUUACGACUGCCCCAGCGGAUACAAGCUCAUUAGGCAUUUUGCAUUGCCUACCACCUCUCUUGCUUCAAUAUCCUUAUCACCUACUGGUAAUCAUGUCGCAGCCUGGGAGGCCGCAUCAGAGUUUAAAGUUGUCAUCAUGAACUUGACGGGCCAACAUAUUGCGACGUUUAUUCCAACAGAUGAUCCUUUGCUCGGGGUCCGACAUAUCCUGUGGCAUCCAAGCGGGACAUAUCUCCUUGUCGGUGGCUGGGAUUCAAAGCAGCCUGGAAUGGAAGGUGGUCGCUACAAUACAGCUCGCCUCCCGACUACCUUCAUCAACGGCAUGUUGCACCAUCCACUCGUACAGUGGAAAGAGCCCCACAAUUGGCUGGCCAAUACACGGAAUCGCGGAUUUCUUCCCUUUACCAAAACAACAGCAACGAAUACUGCACCACUUUUCGUUGGCAUAUCCAAACCUUCAACAAUGGCACCGACAGCAUCCGUUGCUAACGCUUCUGUGAUGCCCAAAUCUGGUGUCACGCACAUGCAAUUCUCCGCAAGCGGCGCGCUCCUACUUGUUACAUGGGAGCAAUGCCCCACACUCGCAUUCAUUUACAAUUUUCCUUCGCCGGAAGAACCUUGUAUACCUCGCUUGAGAUCAGUGAUCCAAUGUGCGCAGAAUAUCCUCCACGCCCAAGUCAGCCAUUCACCCACAAUCUCUGGAACUACGAUCGCACUGUGUACAGGCACCGCCGCCAUUUAUCUAUGGAAUGACGAUCGUGUAUUGGACGAGAGUGGACAGAAGGGCGAAUUGGCAGAGUGCGUGAGCGUGCCGAGCGAGAAAAGAUUUGCAUGCAAGGAGAUCCGGUGGUCUCCGGAUGGCAAGGGUCUUAUCCUGAUGGACAAGGACAUGUUCUGUGCGGCGUUUGAGGUGGUGGAAGGCGAGGAUGUGUCUAGUGCUUGA